UCCUCGGGACUCUUAUACUUCUCUAUCAAGCCUUUGUUAGACGGCAAUCACAGUCGCAGGACGACGAAUCUCCAUACCUGGCUGAGAAACCUCCCCUGCCGUCCCUCUUUUCGACACCACCCUCCUCUCCCUCACCAUCAACGUCAACACCGACAUCAAAUCUGCCACCAUGCUCCACGAAAUUCUUCUCUCCCUCUCAGGACACCCUUCACCUCUCCUACAACAAGCUGCAGCCACCUCCACAACUCCCAAUGACUCCCCGCUAAAGUCAGCCCUCACCCCGCCCGAACGCGCACUCCUCUCCAAGCUUGCCAAUCUUUCAGAGCUCCACAUCAACCUACUCUCUCAUACGGCUCGCAUUAGCACGUCCCAUCCCUCCAUAAUCUGCCGUGCUAUUGCCACCGCCAUUCGAAAUGAACACCUUGCUGCCUUUCAGCGCAAGGUGCUUCAAGUGGAGGAGACAAUACUGAAGAAAGAUGCCGCACUUGUGGGUGCCUACAACAUUGUGCCGCUGACGGCGGUGGUUGGCGAGUUUGAUGAGUGGAACAGGCGCAUGGAAUGGCUAUGGAGCUUUGUGGACCUGUUGAUGAAGGGGAUGAAGGAGAAUGCGGAGAGUGUCGACCAGAUGGAGUGGGAAGGGAGUCAACCUCAUGACUUGACUCAUCGGCCCGCUCAGAAGGGGCAAAGUAGCUCGGCGACUAGGAGACGUGAGCCGCCAGUGCAUUCAGGUCCUAUGGUAAUCAACCGGCUGAGGGAGUUGAUACAGACCGGGUACAAGGAUAUUGAAGAAGUGGUCAAGAGCCUGGUCAAGGUGGCCGAGACAGCGUGGUUGAAGCAAGUCUCUGCGUGGGUGUUGUAUGGGCGGUUGCCAGACUUUGGGGCUGAUGACUUCUUUGUGUGGAGGGAGGAGGAUGAAGAUGGCGAAGAACAGUUCCUGUGCGUGCAAGAGCUUCUUCCCAAGUUUGUCACGCGAUCUACGGCAGCCUCUAUGCUCUUCAUCGGGAGGUCUCUGCGCCAGAUCCGCGCCAAGAGUGUGGAAGACUCGAGCCUCAGGGGGACGGAUCACCUCUCAACGCAACUUACCAAACUUUCGACCCUUUCUCAUCCGAUUGACCCGGCAACUUUUUCGAAUACUAUUACCGAGAUCAGGCAGUAUCUCUCAAGAACCACUCUGGCGCAGCUGCUCCCACUCAGCGAUGUGGAGAAAUACCUCCAGCUGCUUCGAGACUUUUUCCUCCUUCGCCGGGGAGAAUUUGCCAUGGCACUCACCCAGCAAGCUGAUGAGAAGAUGCGCAGUCGGUGGCGGCGAGCCGAAAACUUGUCUGCUUACGAGAAGUCCCGCGAUAGCGGCGGUGGUGCAGCGGGUGGGAGUCUCGGCAUCGUUGUUGUCAAGGAGGGCGAAGUGGCCGGUGUGCUCACGCGCGUAUGGCAAGCAAUGGGUGCUCUUCAAGGGGAAUUUCAGUCCGAAGAGGAUGAGGGAUUGGAACUUGCCAGGGAUCAUGUCCGGUUGACGAUCCCGAAGAACGUCACGGAUAACUCCUCCAGAGUUCUUCCCACGAUGACGCCCACAGCUGCUGCCGUAGCUGAAGAAAUCGGGUCGUUGAAGAUUGCGAAGACACCCUUCCGCAACCUCUUGUUCUCGGCCCCAACCAUCUUGACAAUGAACAUACCCUCCCCACUGGACUUAUUCCUCAGUCCUCAGGAUGUCCAGACAUACACGGCUAUCAACAGCUAUCUCCUAUCGCUGCGCAGGGCACAUCUACGGUUGACAGAUCUGUGGAAGAUUACUAGUCUGAGACGGCAUCAUCCCGCACCUCCGCGCAUAGGUAGGAGUAGAAUGCGUGUCAAGGCGCUCAGAGAACGAGUUGAGAAGCGCGAGAAGACACUACGUACCGCAUGGGCUACCGCCAGCGCAGCCAUUUUCUUCCUAGGCGAGACGGAAGCAUAUUUUCAGGGCGAAGUGGUGGAAGGCCUGACCGACGGCUUCGAGGACUGGCUGCACGGCGGCAGCGGCAACAGGACUUCGAAUGAGAAGAAGAAGGAUGGGGUUGAUGGGAGGAGAAGCAGCGCUUCUACUGGACUAAGAAGCCGAGCCUCUACUGGCAGGAGUCUGACCAGGGGGAGAGGAAGAGAGUCGAGGCUAUCCAAACGCAGCUUCGGCUCAAAGAGGACAUGGGAUGACGAUGUCUCCAUGGGUGGCUAUGACGACGACGGUGAUGACGACGACGACGUUGACAUGGUUGAAGAUGAGUUUCACGCCGAGAGGGAUUUGGAAGAGUCCGAUGUUUGGCUCAACACCGCUGCCAACCCUCCUCCUGCACCUACCAAUUCUGAUGACCCUAACCGCCAACCCCGUGACCCCCAGACCCUUGCUACCGCCCACCGGGUUUACCUCCGCGCCUUACUUAGACGCCUUCUGCUUACCCUCGAAUCCUUUACCCAACCUCUAUACGAACUACUCGUCAACAUUGACCACCUGGUCGCGCUAAUGCAUCGCUUGCAACAAGUCUGGGCAGCCGCCGAUCUUGAGGAAGAUGUGGGUGUCGUCGAUGCCUUUGUCGAUCUGAAAAAGGAGGAACGUGAUCUCACUGCACAACUCCAAACCAUUGCCAGCAAAGUUAAGAACGGCAUCAUGGAAGUUGUACAGGAGCUCAAGAGGAUCGAGACCUCGCCCUUCUCGUCAUCAGAUGCCUCUGACCGUGCGAGCGGCCUCGAUGAGGGAGAGGAAGAGGAGGAUGACGGCGCCGAUGAUUAUCUCCUUGUCGACGACGCACCUGAUACAGUCCAAGCUGGACGGAAGAGGAAGAGGGGUUGGAGGGCAGAACAAGAAGAUGGUAAGGGAAAGAUCAAAGAGGCGGGAGAAUAUGUGCCUAGACGAGUGGGCGGGGUGGACAGACUGUUGGUCAAGCUCGUCUUUGGCGGAUGGUUCUCAGGUGGAGGGGACCAAGGUGGCGGCAGCCUAGAUGGGGUGAUGGAAGGUGAUGAAGAUGGUGGACACGGUAAGAAAGGUGGCUACAGCUACUAGAAGAGGCUCUCGGCUCAGAAGAUGUUAGAAAGGCAUCAUCGGAUGGUGACCAUGGAUGGGCACUCCACUCCUGUUUGCGAACUCAGGGGCGGUCUAUCAGCAGUCAUGUUUCGAAACAGAUCUCAGCGGGAGGAGGGGUCGAGAUCUCGGUUGAGAGAGCCACGAAGUUCGG